UUUCCAGAUUACAUGCCAAACCUGUGGAGUUGUCAGGGGUUAUGACUACAGCGUAAAUUGUUUUCAUGUAUCAUCAUUUUGUAUGGGAUGACUGUAGAAUACAAGAUUAACAUUUGGUGUUAGUUUUAGUGGAGGUAAACAUCUAUAACUUGGCUACCUAAGUUGGAGUCGACCCGGGCCGCGGUGACGGUGCGUAUUGGUCGUAGCACAUAAGGAUGGCGAUGGCAUCCAGGCUUGAGAUCAACCUCCAGAGAUUGCUGACAAGAUGUGAGGCCAUGGCUGGAGAACAGGACCACGGAGACUGGCGAUUGGAGAAGUUUGUGGGCGCACUUCAAGAAAAACUUGCUGAACUAAAACGAUCCCCCAGUUUGCCCAGUCAAGAAGCACUUGCAGAAUAUGCCAAGAAGAUCGACUUCUUGAAGGGCCUCAUCCAAACAGAAAAACUGACCUCGGCCAGUGACAAGGCCAUGGCCAGUCAGCUUCUAGCCCCAGCCCACUCAUCGACCAGCAUCUCGUCUGAGCCCAAGACGCACUCCAAAGUUCUGCCAACAUCUUCCAAAGACCUCCAUCUGCAGGCGACGUCCAGAUAUGCAAAUGAGAUGAGACGGGAGCUUUUGGAGACUGAUGAUUUACAGGAGAAUGGAUUGAGGCAUAGAAGAUUACAUGACCCUGACGACAAGGCAUCGUCAGAUGACCUGGAUGCAGUGCUCCAGCAUCACCACAACAUGCAGGAGAAGCUGGCGGAGGAGAUGCUGUCACUGACUAGAAGCCUCAAACACAACACGGUAGCGGCCAGCAACAUCAUCCAAGAGGAUAAUAGGCGGCUCGGGGAGACCAUCCAGCUAGCCGACAGCAACUACGGCAGGCUCAAAGUAGAGAGCGAACGUCUGCAGCAGCACACCCAGCGGGCCUGCAACUGGUGGCUCUGGGGCUCCCUGCUCUGUGUCAGCAUCGUUUUCCUCUGGAUGAUCAUCUUCAUACGGUUCUUCCCCAAGCCCAGGUAACACGCCUAAACCCCUCGGCUGGGAGGAGGGUGGGGUUUUACGGACAGUGUGGCCUUGGACAAACCUCUGUGGUAUGGUUUAUGCUGCAGAGAACACAGUACUCCUGAUUACACUUCAGGUUGAGCCUGUCAUGCACCAGCAAAGAAGGAUGUGGGUUUUGAAUCGGUCCAAAAUGUGAAAGCUACUGGUAUUUUGCCUCUGACAGAGUAUGAAAUCAAGUACCUUCACACUGAAGCACAACACUCAUUCAUGCCACCAUGUUGGGAAUAGAGUACCGAAGUGAAUACGUCGUGCGCACAAUUAGUGUGUAAAAGACAUUAGCACGAGAACCAGCGUG